UUGUCCACUUUUAACAUUAUCGUGUCACAGUUUGAACUGGCUCGUACCCGUGCUGCUCAUCGCAAAUACUCAACGGAAGAGUUUCAUCUCGAAGGAAAAUCGUUACAACUACAACGCGAAGGUAUUAGUCGUCGUCAAAGAAUACUUGAAUCAUGUGGAAGGCGCUGUUGGUUGUUACCUUCUUUAUAGCCAAAGGUAACACAAAUGACUGCGUGCCUCGCAGUUUCGGUACCGACCGAAUCGUCUGCGUUUGCAAUGCAACGUAUUGCGAUACUACGCCGGACAAUAAUCCGAAAGUGCCAGCAAGAGGUCGAUUUUAUUGGUACGUUUCAAGUAGAGAGGGACUUAGGAUGAGAAUGACGGAGGGACAGGUUGGUCCUUGUGAACAAUCACCUUGCAGUGUAACUUUGACUAUAGAUACCACAAAAAGGUAUCAGAGAAUCCAAGGUUUCGGCGGUGCGUUUACCGAUUCAGCGGGUAUUAACAUCAGGAAAUUAAGCGCUGCUACUCAGGAUCAGCUAAUACGGACAUAUUUCGAUCCGAAUGCAGGAAGCAAAUACACGUUAGGACGUGUCCCGAUCGGUGGUACCGAUUUCUCAACGAGACCUUACACGUACGAUGACUAUGAAAAUGACACACGCCUGGAACACUUUGCACUCCAACAAGAAGACUACGAUUAUAAAAUACCGUACAUGCAGAGAGCCCUCGAAUUGAAUCCUGAAACGAAAUUCGUGGCUGUCGCGUGGUCACCUCCAACGUGGAUGAAAACUAACAACAGAAUCAAUGGAUUUGGUUUCUUGAAGACGGAAUACUACGGUCUCUACAGCGAUUAUCUGUUGAAGUUUAUGGAUGAGUAUAAAAAUAAUGGACUGGACAUAUGGGCAGUUACAACUGGUAACGAACCAAUAGACGCCUUCGUACCAUUCGAUCUUCUUAACACUAUGGGAUGGACACCUCAAACCAUGGGUGAUUGGGUUGCCAAUUAUUUCGGUCCAGCUCUGGCCAGAUCGCAACACAGAAACACGCAAAUUUUAGCCCUCGACGAUCAGAGACUUCAAUUGCCCUGGUUUAUUCGAAAUCUGUUUCAAAAUACAAAAGCAGAAAGAUACAUCGCGGGUACAGCUGUACACUGGUACACUGAUUUCAUUGUCCCUCCGACGGUAUUGGAUUCGACUCACAACUCAUUUCCAAAUAAAUUCAUUCUUAUGACUGAAGCAUGUACAGGAAGCGGACUAUUGGAAUAUCCAAAGGUUAUUCUAGGAUCAUGGAAGCGAGGAGUGUCGUACAUUUUAAGCAUAAUAGAGUACAUGAAUCAUUGGUCAGUCGGAUGGAUAGACUGGAACCUAGCUCUGGAUGAUUCAGGCGGUCCAAACUGGAUCAGAAACUUUGUCGACUCGCCUAUUAUCGUGAACCAAGAAACCGACGAAUUUUAUAAGAAUCCGAUGUAUUAUGCUCUGAUGCAUUUCAGUAGAUUCGUCGAGAGAAAUUCAGUCAGGAUUUCUAUCAGCCAGGCGGACAAUAUUAAAUCUACAGCAUUCGUAACCCCUUCGCACGAAGUCGUCGUCGUACUUUAUAACGAGGCUAACUCAACAAGAGUCCUUUCUCUCAGGGAUUUGAAAAGAGGCUCCAUUUGCGUGACUGUACCCCCAAAUUCUAUGAACACUAUAAUUUAUAGAGAAUAGAAAAUAUGAUAUGCUUAUUGGAACUGUCAACGUGGUUAAAUAGUUUAUUAUUGCGUCCGAAAUGUAAUUCUGUCUCUGACAAUAAAUUACAAUUUUAUUUUAAAUUACAAACAA